GCGCAUUCCAGUGCUGGAGUCAUCACAUGAUGAAACCAACAUCUGAAGCACCGUAGUUUGCUUCAAUCAAUCCCAGUGUGAAGGAGCUUGGUGACAUACAAACUAAGACCCGCAGGCCACCAGGCGCUUCAUGCAUAUUCUAUAUUUUGCAGCUGCCUUCCUUACCUUGCCUACCUACUUACCUUAACUGUUCUACCGCCUAUCACAAAAGGUACCAAGCUGUACCCAAGUGCGAGGUCACUGGCUCCUUGGAGAAGCUACAACCAGCAUGCGGCCAAGACCGUGCUGCUACAAGGUUCCCCGGUAUCCUGACAUCACCCUUCACAUCGAUUGACCCAGCUCGCACAGAGAAGCUCCCCACUAGUGAAGCUGCCCACGCUGUAUUGUACAUUAGGUAGGGUGUGCGCACUGAUUUCCAGAUCUUCCGAGAUCUCGUGGUGCGGCUUGGUAAACGAUUUCUCGCUAGUCUCAUCCGAAGAGCAAUAACAUCGUCGAGAACAAGGUCUCGUGGCAGUUAAUCGUGACGACUCUGUCCUACGUCAAGCGCACAGGAUUCCUUUUGUCUGUUUGUUUUUUUCCACCUUGUUGUCGCUUGCUCUUUUUAAAGGACAAAUCUGCGCUCCUCACCCCCUCCCCACAUCACAGCCACGACUUGUGUGUUGAUAGACACAACCACGAUGGAAUUGCACUUAUAGAUUUCAAAUGACCGCUACUACUGCUGCGACUUGACAAUUUUCAUUUACUUACCCUGGGCUUUUUGGCCAACCGUUUAGUCGCAGUCCCUCGUAUUUCGACGACUACGGCCAAAAUGUGGACCUUCUUAAUACUCUGCGCAAUUUUGUUCUGCGGUGCUCUUCUGAUACUUUUGCCUUCGAGAUACUUGCACUCCUCAUCCAAGAUAGGCUCAAAGACGGAUGUGUCUGUUCAAGUUCUAGUACUCGGAGACAUCGGAAGGAGCCCAAGAGUCCAGUACCAUGCCAUGAGCAUCGCGAAGCAUGGGGGCCGGGUUGAUCUCAUCGGCUACCAAGAGACUCCCCUUCAUCCCGAGCUGCUCAAGUACCCCAAGGUCAGCGUGCGCUCACUGGACCCUCCGCCGCGUGUGUUGCGCUCAAAAUCAAUUCCCUUCAUCAUAUCGGGUCCCCUCAAGGUCAUCUGGCAGGUUUUUACUCUCAUCCAUGUUCUGGGAUACGAGACGCCGCCGGCUCAGUGGCUACUCAUUCAAAACCCGCCAUCGAUUCCGACUAUGGCCGUCGCCACAGUCAUUUCCAGGUGCCGCAAUACUCGUCUCCUCAUCGACUGGCACAACUAUGGCUGGACAAUUCUUUCGGGCACCCGCGGCGCCCGUCACCCUUUUGUGCGAAUCUCCAAGCUUUAUGAGUGUCUGUUUGGCCGCUUCGGCAGCGCCAACCUGACCGUCACGCACGCCAUGGCAAGGCAGCUUAAGCGUGCGCCGUACGGCAUCAAAUCCCCCAUAGUACCCAUGCACGAUCGGCCUGCGGCCAUCUUCAAGCCCCUGAACGACCCCAUGGCGAAGCUGGAUAUCCUCAGUCGCAUCCUCGAGUCCCGCGACCUGGCGGCUGCCAUAGUCGAUAGGCGCACGCGCCUCAUCGUAAGCAGCACGUCCUGGACCCCCGAUGAGGACUUCAACCUGCUCCUCAGUGCUCUUGUCCAAUAUGCGAACAGCAUGCAGGAUGAUAGCCAGAUCAUAGUACCUGUCGUAGCUGUGAUCACGGGCAAGGGGCCCCAGAAGGCCAUGUACGAAGCCAAGAUUAAGAAGAUGGCCGAGGACGGACUGGUACCCAACGUCACGAUCCGAACUGCAUUCCUGUCGUUCGAGGAUUAUGCCGCUCUUCUGGCUUCGGCGGACUUGGGUGUAUGUCUACACAUGUCGAGCUCGGGCGUUGAUUUGCCCAUGAAGGUCGUGGACAUGUUUGGGGCAGGGCUCCCGGUGGUGGCCUACUCGGCCUAUGAGAGUUUUUCGGAGCUUGUCCGCGAGGGAGAGAAUGGUCGCGGUUUCGAGACUGCUGGCGAACUGACUGCGGAACUCACACGUCUGCUCAGCGUCGAGGGCCAGGAAGAAUUGAAGCAUCUCCGUCAAGGUGCCGUUUUGGAAGGCAGCAGGCGAUGGGACGAGGAAUGGGAUGCAUCGGUCGCGCGUAUUCUGGGUCUUGUCGAAUGAUAAAGGAAUUACUAGCGCGAAUAACUUUGACAGCAUUGCGAUGGCGUUGGUUUCUGAUCUAUUAAGUUCUAAUUCUUCUGAAGGACGAGAGGCUGAAUUACACCACAGUACAUAACGGGGUCUUCGUAAUAGUGGCAAAUUAUCAGAACUUAUGGAGUCAUCAAUAUUUAAAAAUGCCACGCUGAAACGUGAACUAUUCUCUCAGAGACGCGAAAUCUCGAUACUAAACAAAGUCACAGAGCCUACCAAGCCAUAACCUCCAUUAACGCCAUGCCCGGUCAUCAUGCUAUCCAUGUGAUACUACCAGGCCAUGCUU